AUGCCGCCGAAAACGUCGAGAGCUCAAAAACCGUAUGAUAGGCCACCACAAAUGCCAAAUGGGUCAAGACAGCCGUAUGGCACUCAUCACUAUCCACAAAACCCCCAAAUGCACAAUAUGGUUCAAAUGGCAUCACAUCAUAACGGGUAUCCGAUGGGACACAUGCAGGCGCCUGUGAAGAUUUAUGCGGAUCCUUUCGACACCGUUCGUCUUCCGUUUUUCGAUGUACUCAAUUGUUUGUUGCAACCUAUUGAAUUGCAAGCAAACAACAACAACAACAAGCAAAAUAAAAUGGUGGCGUGCAGCUUCCAAACAACUCCUGAUCAGAACAACAGACUGUCAACGCGUGCUGAUGCCAUUACGCCGAGAUUUGAGAUACAGCUGAGAUUUUUCAAUAUCACUGAACCAGCUGCACAGCAGAAGGAUGAUUUUCCAGUGAACUGUUCAGUUCGUAUCAAUGAUCAACAAGUCACCCUACCGAAUAUAAUUCCGACAAACAAACCAAAUGCUGAACCGAAACGGCCUUCACGCCCAGUUAACAUCACCCAAUAUGUUCAAAAUUAUCGAGGUUUCAAACGAGAUCAUAAUAUUGUCAUCGACUGGCUCUCCGACAGACGGGUAUAUGCUGCAGGAGUGUAUUUUGUACAUCGUCUCAACUCGGAUAUUCUUUUCCAACGUCUCGAUUCCAAUAACGGCAAACAUAGAAGCAUCUCGGCUACCAAAGAAGAAGUGAUGAAGAAAUUAUCUGGAGGAGAAGAUGACAUUGCUAUGGACCAGCUCGUCAUCAGUCUUCUUGACCCACUGUCAAAAAUCAGAAUGAAAACUCCUGUUAGAUGUGAAGAUUGUACCCAUCUUCAAUGCUUUGAUCUGAUGUCCUAUUUGAUGAUGAACGAGAAAAAGCCAACGUGGCAGUGUCCAGUGUGCUCUGGUUAUUGUCCAUAUGACAGACUCAUCGUCGACGACUAUUUCCUCGACAUGCUAGCAAAAGUUGACAAAAACAUGACAGAAGUGGAGUUGAAAGUAGAUGGUUCUUACGAAGUCAUCAAGGAAGAAGAAGGUGUUUGUCUCUCAGACGACGACGAUGAUGAUGAUGUCAAACCAAACGUUAACACUGGUCCUUCAAGCAGUAAUGCAGUCCCAGAAAAUGGCGGAAAAAAGAAGAAACCAGUUACUGAGACGGACAUAAUUACACUAGAUGAUUCUGAUGAUGAGGAUUUGAACAGAGGUAUACAAAAUUCAUUGAACAUCAACCAUGCAUCUGAGAGACAAUCAGGAUCAAACGGGGACAGACCAAAGACUCCUCCACCGAAGAAAGGAAAUGGUGCGAUUGAAAUUAUAACUAUUGACGAUAGUCCGCCACGGCCGAUCGCAGCUCUUGCACCUCAACAACCACCAAUGCGUCAAUUAUCUCAACAACAAUUGCAUAAUACUGCAGCUCCACCAUCACCGGCUGUUCUCAGUGCUGGUCAUUCUCCUAUGGGUAAUGGUUCAACUGGAGUUCCGACGCUCCAAGCUGCGAUGGAUCAAAUUGUUGAAAGGCAUACAACACAACGGAUGCCUCAUUCUUCGCAAUCUAACCUGAUGCAACAAGCUCCUGUUCACAUGAAUUAUCAACAUUCGUACAUGAAUGGUCAAUCCUCGGGUCCUCAGACACCAACGUCGCAAUUCGGAUACACGUCAAUGAUGCCGCAACCGUUUCAAACGCAAAGUGGGCUCAUCGGCAGAAACAAUCAAAUGGUUCAUUUGCAACAACAGCAGCAUCCAUCGCACCAACAACAUCAACAAUAUCAACAACAUCAACAGCAUCCACAACAUCCACAACAACAGCAAGGAAUGAUGUCGCCGAGUUACUAUAGCCCACAACAAAUUCAAAACGGGAGUCAUCUCGGACCACCACGUCUGAUCGCAUGUCCCGGACCAAGUAACACUUCUCGAUUGAAUUUUCCAACUGGUCAUCUCGUUGACAACCCACCACCUCCAGGAGUAACCGUUCGCAAUUCGCGACGUCCAAACUCGAGAGUCAAUUGA